CUACGAGCCCGACUAAGCUUGCAGUCAGCUCUUUCUCCCAGCCGUCAAUCAAGUUUUUUUUUUUAUGAUGCGCCACAACUAGCAGAAGCAAUUGGCAAGCACAAAACCCAGAUUUUGAGGAGAGUUUUGCCUCAGAGAAGUGCGCGUGUGCGCGAAUAGCCUCACACAGCGCGGAGACCGCUGGCUGAGCGGGAGAGCUUGGCGAGCUUAGAAGCCCUCUCUCUCUCUCUCAUUCUGCACCGAUAAAAUUAUAAGUGCCAGGAUGAUGGACUCGGUUGACUACAACAACCUCCAAGCUGGACAAUGGACAGCCGCAGAGCCGCGAGCAAAAACGCCAAAUCCUGUCGAUCCCCCACCGCCCGUUCGCGCGAAUCAGUCGUCCAAACUUGACCGUCAGGUCCCCCGCUCUAAUGACUUAAUCCCCCGUUAUCCACCAGCACCCAGCGUUGAGGAUGAGGCUUCGUCCCUGGCCAAGGAACAUGCGCAUUCUCCCUUAACGGUCGAUGAGGAGGUUAAAUAUCGUGGAGAACUAGAGCAAAACCCGAUUCUUGUCCCGGUGCACGAGUCCAAUCCGGAGCGACGAUUUGUGCAUGUUGUCGGAGCCAAGUCUCCCAGUGAUAAUGAGUCCGACGACAGCCCCAAGAGAGGAGGCAGUGGUGGAGAGCAGGAAGAUGCAAAGCCAAGGCCGGAGAAUGAGGGCUACAAGGCCAAUACUGGUCGCAAGUACACUGUGCCCAGUGUGAUACCAGUUGUUCUAAAGCCUGCCGAAAAAGCAACGCCUCCAGAGGACAAGGUCGACACAGAGCGGAGGAGGCUGAGGAGAAGCCGCAGUGAACUGCCUCGCAUCGAGACUGAUGUACUCACGAGAGACCGGUCGCGAAACCGCUCCAGGGACCGGUCUAGGGAUCGAUCCAGGGAGCGCCGAAGAGCUGCAUCCCGAGCCGCAUCCCGGAAUCCGUCUGGCAGGAAUUCAUCUCGGGAACGGUCCCGGGAACGGUCUCGGGAACGGCAAAGGGCGCGAUCUCGUGCGCCAUCUCCAGUCAUCUCGAGGAGAAAGUCAACUGCUUUCAUCAAUCAGCGCCCCCGCACCGACUACUUUGAUUCCCCCAGCGACGCAUAUCUGUCACCAAACCCAACUGUCAUCAAGCACUCCACCAGGGGACGUGACAGAGCCUACUUUGACAUGAACCACAACACUCCAGCCAACGGCGAAAGGCCUCGCUCUACAGUCGUGCACAGUUCGACCAGGCCAAAAGUUUACGACGACAAGGAUGAAAAGCGGAGCGCAAUCUCGUACGAGAGAACAAAACACUACGAGGACUCCCCCAGACGCUCGGCUAACAACAUCGAAGUACCGAGACCGUCCAGGGGGUAUUCUGACAGAAGAUCGGAGAAGAAGUAUGACGAAUCUAGCCCCCGCACUAGCAGGAGGAAUAUCUCCCCACCACGCUCAGAUGGCCGCAGCAGAUAUUACGGUGGCGGAUCACCACCUCGUUCGGAUAGGAGAAGUUCGCCAACUCGUUCGGAGCGCUCGGUCAGGUCAGAGAGGUCGGAUAGGAGGAGAUCCCCGCCCUCACGAAGGUACUCUGAGCGGGAACGAGACCGAGAACGGGACCGCGAUCGUGAUCGUGACCGGGAGAGGGAGAGGGAACGUGUCAGGGACCGAGAAAAUCGGAACAGAGACCGGACUCGUGAGCCACCAUCGAGAAGCGAUUCAUACAAGAGCCAACGCUCAUCGCACAACAGCGAUGAAUCAAGCGAUGACUAUGCGAUCUCACUUCGGUCUGCACGAGGCCCGCGAGACAGCCGUGUGUCUCUAAUGAACGGCGAUCCGAAUUAUCUGCUCAGUCCAGACUCAAUAACUAGACCUUCCCUCAGCAGCAGAAUGAGCUCACGACGGGAAACUCCGCUGACAUCACCUCGGGGCUCAAUCGCCGGCAUGGAUACCCCUCCACUACCGAGCCCGCGCUCUUCUUAUACUUUCCCUCAGAUGAAGGAACGACGCCGAGGUGAUGAAGGUACCACGUCACCGUUCGCCCCUGGCCCUUCCUCACCGACCAAAGCAUCACCACAGACUCAGCAUGCGCAGGUACCUAGCCUUACUGCAUCGCUGAGCCUCCCUAUAGGCGCAACAAUGACAGCCGCUGGUGCCGUUGUUGCUGCAUCGGCUCUUACAAGUAUGCCAAAUGGAGCCAUCGAGCCUAUCGAGCGUAUGAAUACACCUAUGCCUCCACCAGCCCAGCGUCAGGAUUCGGCCUCGUCAAUUGGAUCAUGGCAGCAGUCCCCAUACAGCCCCCCUGCCGCGCAGCCUUAUGAAAACGGGAAUGGAGACCAGCAGGUUGUAUCCUUCAGACAGUACUCCGAAGAUGUCAGCGAGGGACGGGUGAACGAUCUGCCCGUAUGCCCUCGCCGGACACCUCAGGUCGGGCUGGCGGAUUGGCUCACGUUUCCGCAAUCUAAUAACUUCAACAUAUGCCCAGACUGUUACACGGGCGUAUUUGCGCAUACCGAGUAUGCGCAUAUGUUUGUUCCGGCACCAUUCAGGCCAAUGGACAAGCCUAUAGCAUGUGACUUUGGAAUUUCGGCCUGGUACCGCAUCGCCUGGCUCAUGAUGCGCAAAUCUGGCUUGCCAAACCUGCAGCUGCUACAGAACAUUGCUGUUGUCGACACCAGGAACCAGCCAUGCUCUGGUGAGAAACGAAUGACGCGAGUUUGGUUCACAGUUCGCAAUCCUAGGGACAACCGGCCCGUGGAACGUUUCCAAGUAUGCGGAUACUGUGCAGGUUCUGUUCAGAGCCUGUUCCCCAACCUCGCCGGCAUUUUUCAGCCGGUAGACCCCAAGGCCGAGCCCACAAAGGCGAUUUGCUCGUUGCACUUUUCCGCAGAGCGUCUACGCUUCCUCGACUACUUUGACCUGCUCGAAGAGACAUCAGACAGGGCCAUGACCCGCGGCUCGAUCCCGGACCUGCGCAGGCUCUACGAGAAGCUGCGACGGCUGAGCUUGGGCGACUGCGCGCGCGACGAGUACCUGACCGACCGCGAGUGGUACACCAUACGCAACUUUCCCCGCUUCACGGCGUGCGAGGAGUGCUUUGAGCAGGUCGUGCAGCCCGAGAUCGACAGGAGCAAUCUGCUCGCAAGGCAGUUCCUUCAACGGCCUCAGCGCGUGCGCCGGGCGGCCUGCCAGCUAUACUCGGCGCGGAUGCGUCGCCACUUUGCCGAGGCCUGCCGCGCCAACGAUCUCGACAGGCUCAUCCGUGUCGUCGAGGAGCGAGAGCACAUUGAGAAGGAUUGCAAGGCGCGCAUGGCGCACUACCAGGCCCAGAACCGCCUCGACAGGAUGGAAGACUACGAGAGGAAGUGGCAGAGGUAUGAGUGAAACAGGCAGAAGGAGUGAAAUUAUGAGAAUGCCCUUCAUGAAUUGGACGCUUCGGGGAUCUGAACAGCGUCUAUCGUAUAAAAAGCGACACAAAAUGGAGGCGGCAUUCUGUAUGUAGAAGUACUUUCACAUCUUCUUUUUUAUUGCGGUGGCAUAUCUGGGGCUUUCCUUCUUUCUUUGUAGAUUAGUUUGGGACUUUUUUUGGAGUGUAAAAUGAUGAUGAUGACCCAUGAG